AUGAUGAGCGCGAUCCGCGAUCGGUCGCGUCCUACUUCAGUCCGCCCCCGCGCCGUCACGCACGCCGCGAUGUCUCGACGCGGAGGAGGCUCCGCGCGGUCGUCGCUCGACGACGACGACAAGUACAGCAAGGCGAGAUCCCAGGGCGCGCGCGCGUCCGCGUCGCGAUCGCAGCACCCCGCGCCGUUCGCGUCGCCGCAGGUCGAACCCGCGCGUCAACGCGCGUCGUCGUCGUCGUCGUCGUCGUCGUCCUCGCAGCGGAUGCCGUCGUCGCUCCCGCCCGGGCCGCGCCCUUCCGACCGCGGGUUCGGCGGCGCGCGAGGCGGCGGCGGAGGAUACGACGGCGGCGGCGGGAACGGCGACGCGGACGCGCUCGCGGCCAAGGUGCGCGCGAAGCUCGAUUUCGUCGCCACGAAGGCGAACUUCGAGUCCGCGGAGGAGGAGGCGGAGCGCGUGAAAGCGUCGCUCGAUCGCCUCGCGUUCGCGUCGAACGUCUCGAACGUCCAGUCCGCGUUCGGCGCGAUGGGCAAAGACCUCAGCGAAGAAGCGGACGCGCUCGCGAGCAAGGCGACGGAGACGGUGGCGCUGUUCCAAGCGGCGCAGUACGCGGCUAAGUGGAUGCCCGUGGAGGGGAUGCGCUCGAUGAAACCCACUUACGUGAAAGUCCCCGCGCAAACCGUGGAGCGGAUCAAGUGGCACGAGGACGCGGACGUCAACAUGAUCGUGACGCAGCACGCGCGUGAGAAGGAGAUGAUCUUAGCGGAGAACGCGGGGCUGCGCGCGAUGAUGGGUUUGAAGGAGCAGUCCAGCGAAGCGGUGGAGGCGGCGCGAGAGACGGAGGACGGAGUGAACCGCGCGCUGUUGAUGUCCGCCGCGGAGGAGAUCAAACGUCUGAGGGCGCGCGUGACCGUGCUCGAGGGCGAGGCCGCGCGGCAUAGGAUCCAGAGCGGCGGGUUCUUCUCCGGGUUCGGCGGCGGCGGUUCUGGCGGCGCCGACGGCGUCGACUCGAAGCAAGUCGCGAAGCUCACCACCGAGCUCGCGCGCUUAGGCGCGUCCUAUACACUGGUCCCCAUACGACCCCGUUCGCGUGGUGAACGCCGAUCCUUAAGGACUUUGCCCGGCGCAUCUCUCCGCCCAUCCCUCGCUUUCAAUCCCCGCCCGUGUUGCCUUUCAACUCCGCUUCUGACGCCUUUCAACUCCAUCCCGACAUCGCUUUGUAUGGAACGACCCUCAGAGGAGGACAACGGCCGCCAGAAGUGGAUGAUCGGCGAAAAGGACAAACAGAUCAAGGAAGUCCAGGGGAAGUACCAGGCCUCGGAGGCGUACGCGCUCCGGGAGAGGCUCCAGGAGUGUAUGGAAGCGCUCGAGGUGAUGGCGAACUUACAGGCGCAGCAGCUGCAGUAUCUGGAAGACAACGCGUUGGCGAAGCUGACGAAGAUGGACGAUCAGGCGCGUUCUUCUUCACACUGGUUCCCAUACGGCCGCGUCGGCGCGGUGAACGCCGAUCCUUAA